UCUAGCGUCUGCUCAACAAAACGAAUCAUAUCUUUUAGCCUUAAAUAUAUAUUCGUCAACUUGCAUCGAUCCCACUACACAAACACUCCACCUCCAGUAUAUAAGGAGCAAAGGACAAUCAUGCUCUUACCAUCCCUCAACUUCUUCCUUCUUUCCCCUCUUAUUGAGACAUACUUUUCCCCAACCUUCUUUGUCAACUACCAGCAUACAUUCCCCUUUUUCAGUGCCAAACUAACUGAAAAUAAUGGCGUCAAGCUCUGUCACAUCGACACAUGGCUUUUACUCAUCCUGGACCAAAAAGGAAAACAAGAAAUUUGAGGAGGCAUUGGCCUUCUUUGACGAGGACACACCAGACCGUUUUGAGAAAGUAGCGAGGGCUGUUGGUGGUGGGAAAACCGCUGAGGAAGCAAGAAGGCUUUAUGAGUUACUAGUACGAGAUGUCAGAAAAAUAGAAGCUGGUCAAGUCCAAAUACCCCUUUACAAGAACGCUGGAUGUAAUGGCAGAGGGUAUGCUGACCAGCAGAGGUAAUAUCCAACUUGCUGAACAUUUCCUCUCCGAAAUCACUCCAAACCCUGUGUCCUAUCUCAGUAAUCUUCUCCUUUCUACUAGUACAUUAGAAUAAAUGUCCUUCACAAGAAACUUAUGUCCUAUAAUUCCUAUAGAAAUAUAUUGAGCCAAUUUUAUAGCUA